AUGAAUCAAACCAAUACAUUGUUGCUAGGUAGUGCUUAUAAGACUAGAAGGCCGGCCGCUCUUUCCAAGAAAGAUAACUCAAAUCGAGAUUUCAUUAUAAAAUCUUUAAUUUACUGGGCAAUCAUUUGCACAAUAAUUCUUAUUUACAUAUUAUUCACGACUAAUUCUGCAGGCGUCAUUAAAACAGCAUGGACAAGACCGAUUUUUUCCAGAUAUCCAAUUAAAACAAUUAAAUACGAUUCAACAAUCCAUAACAGACUUAUUAUUUACUUCGAAACAUCAUCGAAUAUAGACACAGUUAAAAAACUCUUGCCAACAUUCCUUUUUUCAUCGAAUUUUGGUAACAUUACAUUUUUACCUUCAGAUUACAAAUUAAAUCAUUACAAGAACAAUAUUUUUACUUCAGAAUUCAUAAUACCAAUUAAUGGACCAUGGUUCGUAAAAAUAAUUAUAUCGAAUUUUAUUGUUAGUCAAUUUUUAUAUUCGAACAACGAUCUCUCACUUACAAGCAAGAAUUAUACCACAAUGUUUUGUUACGGCAAAGAUUUUAAUGACAGAUAUUGCCAAGUGAAUAAUUCUUGUUAUGAUAACAAUAAAUUCAUGUUCUUUUCGAAUUUACGUAUCAGUUUAGUUCCGCAGAUCCUUUAUCCAGGUUCACGACCUAUUCCACGUGAUUAUCCAUGUUGUAGAAGAGUAAUUCGAUUUUUAUAUCAAAACAAAAGUUUCGAUAGUUUUGAAUAUAAAAAUAAAUUUACAGAAAGAUGCAUCAUUACAUGCAGAUGGUAUGGCAUGCAACACAUUUGGCAUUCUUUGUUUGACUUUACAUUACCAAUUUGGUGGUCGAAACAAAUGUUUUGGGGACAUAAUGAUGAAGACAGAGUUAUGGUUAUUGAUGAGAACAAGAAUACAGAAAAAGGAUAUCAGUUUAUUGAUAUUCUGACCCAUAAAAAUGUAAUUAACAUAAAAUUAGAUGAAAAAUACCAUAACAAGACAUGUUUUUCUAGUAUAAUAUUAGGUGUUCCUAAAACAGAAUUAGAAGUAACACCAAGUAAAUGGCCAAAUGGAUAUCAAUUACCUUAUGAAUUUGCUGACAUCGCAUUUCACCAAUUUAGAGAACAUUCUAUAUCCACAUAUAAUGUAAAUAAUUCUUUAUGCGGGAAAACAACAAAACCAAGAGUUAUUUUCAUUAAUCGCGAUACAAAUAAAAGAUAUAUCAUAAAUAGUCAAGAUUUGAUCAACAAAAUGAAAGAAUGGGCCCCGGAUGUUGAUAUUGACUAUGUUGUAUAUACGAAUCAAACAAUUGGUGAGCAAAUCGCUCAGUUUUGCAACGCAUCUUUAAUAAUUUCGAUUCAUGGCAGUGCUUUGUCUCAUAUGCUAUGGAUGAGAAGGAAUAGAUCAGCAAUAAUAGAAAUAUUCCCAUAUAAUUAUGACUGUAGAGACUGGUAUGAACAUGUUGCGAAAGGAAUGGGAAUUAAAUAUUUUUUUUGGAUCAAUAAGAUACCGGAGAAUUCAUUUCAAGGAAGAUUGGAUAUGAAAAACUAUGAUAAAUGCAAAGAAGAAGAAAAUUCAUGUCUGAAAGAUAAAUGUCAUGAAAUGUUAAGAGAUCAGCCAACUAUUGUUGACUUCAAAUCAUUCAAGCCAGUAUUUGAUAAUGCUCUUCAAUAUAUUCGAAGGUUUUAUUAA